AUGCGGAGGAAGAUCCAAGCUCUGGACAUUUGGGCCGGUAUGCCUGCAAUCUGGAUUACCAUCAGUCCCAACGACAUAAAUAAUCCGGUAAAGAUGAAGCUUGCCAUUCAUAGGCUCCAUGAUUAUGAGUCUGCAAAGGAGCUUUUGGCCGAUCUCCGUGAAAGGUACGACAGAAUCGCCCUCAGCACCAUGGAUCCGGUCAGCUCGGCCAUCUUCUUCCACCGAGAAAUAUCUCUAUUCUUUGACAAAUACGUGAACACAGGCCAGGAAUCGAUCUUCGGGAAGAUCAGCCACUACUACGCCACGGUGGAAACGAACGAGCGAGGCAGCCUCCACUUGCAUGGACUCCUCUGGCUGGACGGCAACAUGCGGUUACCGAACCUGAUGGACGACAUGGCCAAUCCGCGGAAGAAUCGUAUCGUGCCCAGGUGA